AUGGCUGUUCGUGGAAACUCGCUGAUGCCUUUCUCAAUCCAAGCCAUCCUGAACAAAAAGGACGACAGCAGACACUUACCAGAUUUGGACAUGUGCUUCUCUAAGACGGCGUGCUGGAAAAUAUUUGGGGAGAUGAACGGAGGGUCACGGAGAGCUGGUGGGGAGGCUUGUGAACCCACGGAGCAGAAAGGCUACGACUCGGACUCGGGACUGAGCGAUGACAACGACAGCAAGACUCCAGCUGCGUGCAAGUCGGAGAAGGACGGGGAUCCUGCGUCGGAUGUGUUGGAGGAAAGUUUGCAGGAGGAGACGGAUCAUGAAUCUGCAGCCGCGGAGAAUGCAAAGAGUGACAGUGAGCCCAAUAACGCCACGGGUGAGUAGAACUGAGCGAUAACUGCGCAUAUAGACAGGAAUAGAAAGCUGUUCUCUUUUCUGAGUUGAAACCUUAGAAACAAACUAAAGAGCUUAAUGCAUCUUUCAUAAUGUGGUUUAAAGACUCUGGAGUAAUACCACUAAAUUUUAACUAAAGCUCUGAGUGUGAUAGUGCAGGAUAUUAGGCCUGUUAGGGGGCUAACUUGCAUCCUGAUGACUUUUACGCACGGAUAUUGUUUUACGCAUGAUUGUUUAUCAAUAUAUUAGCACUAUGGCACACAUUUUCACGGAUUUGUUGAAGUUUCCAUGGCGUUAGGAUUAUAUAUUGUAGAUAAUAUAUAUUGCAUAAUAAUAUUUAUGAACUUCUGUUAACCUGAAGCAUGUUUUAAAAGGGAAAAAAAACUAAAAAAUCUUCCCCAAAAUUGUCUUGUUUACACCUGAAAUAAUACAUCUGAUCUAUUCUUUCUAGAUUCAACAUCCAGCAAUUUAUUUCUCAUGAUUUGUUGCAACCAGAAAUUUGAACACCCUUCUUUACAACUGAGCUUUUCUUUUUUAAACCCCCUUUUACUCCCAUUUAAAUGUUUGAUAAAGAUACGCACCAAACGCACCCAUUACCACGUGAUUCCAGCUGCGUUAAAAUAACAAACAAGUACAGGAAUUUACUUGCAUGUUACAUCUGUGUGUCUCUCUUUCACAGACUCCAGCACCCUGGACGAGAAGAGUCUGGACCAGCCCAAACAGCGGAAGAAGCGCUCCAGGGCCGCUUUCUCUCACGCGCAGGUCUUUGAGUUGGAGCGCCGGUUCAACCACCAGCGGUACCUGUCCGGGCCGGAGCGCGCGGACCUCGCGGCCUCCCUGAAGCUCACAGAGACUCAGGUUAAGAUUUGGUUCCAGAAUCGCAGGUACAAGACGAAACGCCGUCAGAUGGCCGCCGAUCUCAUGGCUUCCACUCCGGCUGCGAAGAAGGUGGCGGUGAAAGUUUUGGUGCGGGACGACCAGAGACAGUAUGGCCCGGGUGAGAUCCUGCGGCCCCCGCUGCUCUCCCUACAGCCGUCCUACUAUUACCCGUACGCGUACUGCCUCCCUGCAUGGACACUCUCUGCGUGUGCAGGGAACCCCUGA